UCUUCUCCACUUUCUGGCUGCUCUCCUCUCUCCGCGCCUACUAGCGUGACUUGCAAGCGGCGAAACAAACCAAGGGAGAGCAGCCAAAUAAGCGAUAAAAAAAGGGCAAAAACCAGUAAUCAGAAUCCGAUUUCUAGAUGGAACCAGACUCGGUGGCGAAGGCAUUUGUUGAGCACUAUUACACCACUUUCGAUGCGAACCGGGCGGGCUUGGCCAACCUCUACCAGGAGGGUUCGAUGCUUACCUUCGAGGGCCAGAAGAUCCAGGGCGCCCAAAAUAUCGUAGCCAAGCUCAUUAGUCUUCCCUUCCAGCAGUGCCAGCACAGCAUCACCACCGUUGACUGCCAGCCCUCUGGCCCGGCCGGUGGCAUGCUUGUCUUUGUUUCUGGUAACCUCCAGCUCACCGGUGAACAACAUGCCCUCAAGUUUAGUCAGAUGUUCCAUUUGAUUCCAACACCACAGGGGAGCUUUUAUGUGUUGAACGACAUUUUCCGGUUGAACUAUGCAUGAAGGCAAGAUCAACCACUCAAAAGUCUUUGUGAUUCAAAUGUUCAGGGUUUUGAAUCCACUUUGCUCAUCUCAGUUUGGUUUUAGACAUUUUAUUAUGAUUUUUGGUUGGUUUAUGUUCAAUGUUGCAUUGUUGUGCCACCUUGUUGUCUUGAAAAUUCAGAGAUGCUUUAUUGUGAUUGUUGGAUUGGUAAAAGAUGCUCUCCUGGACUAUUUAGUUAAAGUAUCCAGUGUAAAAGGUUUCACAACUUUUUAGUUAAUUUAAGUUUUAAAGUAUCCUGUCCUUGGCAUUUCA